AUGGGCUUUACUGAUCUUCCCCAGGAGCUUAUCCAUUUGGUGCUCUCCCAGAAAUGUAUAUCUCAUGACGAUAUCCAGCCGUUCUUGCAGUGCAAAAGGACAUCCACGGCGGCUUACCAUCGACUCUUUUCUGGCAGAACCAUUCAGAUCACUUGUCUGGAGCAGCAUGUGCUGAUGGACGACCACUACGAUUUUGGGCUUUAUGGAGCCACCUCGUGCUCAGAUACUGGGACUUUGAAGUGCCAGUUGCACCACUGCUUGAAACCAGCCAAGCUGAAGCUAGCUAUACUUAAAAGAGCUUCGAAGGUGACGCUUAAUAUGCGUUUUGACGAGGUUUCCACGCCUGCGCUUAUUGAAAACUUGACGCUUUUGGCGUCCCAGCUUGUGUUUUCCACCCCGAAGGAGUUGCAUUUGCACGUUACGUUGACAUAUAAGGAUAAAGAGCUUUCCGAGUCGGUUCUCAACGCGUUGCAGUGUCUUACGGCUAUUGCUGGGUGUACAAGCCACCUCAAGUUAUGUCUCCAGGCAGACCAUCUUCUGUAUUUUGCAGCCAACCUUUCUGAGCUCAAACUCAAAACACUCAACAUCAAGAGCAACGGAAGCAUGCCAGAACUGAAGGAGCAGGUCUCUUUCGACGUUUCUGGCCUUUCCAAGCUCAAGAUCAUGUCCAACUAUGCCAUUCCAAACCUCUCCUUUGCUCGCGGUGACGAGUCUAACUUACACGCUUUAGAGCUCCAUUUGCCAAUUACUGUUACUUCCCGCUGGAUUCAGGAAAACCAGCUCAGAUCCCUUUCGUCGUUGAAAGAUCUUCGGAUCUUCACUGUGAACGACUGCCACUCAUUGCAGGUCUUGAUGUCUGGAUCGUAUACCCUUCCCCAUUUGCUCAACUUGUACAUAUCUUUUAGUGAGCUGGUUCAUGAUAUCGAAUGCUUUGAUUUUGAGAAGCUAGCACCGUCUUUGACGUUUUUGUUUCUUCUGGAUCUGCGUUCCACCAAGACCACCAAUAAAGUGUGUAAACACACUAUAUAG